UUACUGCCUGAACUUUCUCACUAUUCCCAAUAAAGCAGCUGUACUUCAGGGCAGAUGACCCCUCCUCCACUGCCUCUGGACUUUACCCAGUCUGCUCACGCACACGCGCUGAGAAGAGCUCACUAUGGAGAUCACGUUCACCGGCAAACGGGCCUUAGUGACCGGAGCUGGAAAAGGGAUCGGCCGGGCCACCGCACUCGCUCUCGUGCGCUGUGGCGCUGACGUCACUGCGGUCACACGCACCAAGGCGGAUUUGGAGAGUCUCGUGCAGGAGUGUCCUUCCAUCAAGCCGGUGUGUGUGGACCUGUCGGACUGGGAUGCCACGGCGAAAGCGCUGAAGGAUGUGGGGCCGAUCGAUCUGCUGGUAAACAAUGCAGGCUGCGCUAAACUGCAGCCCUUUCUCGAGAUUACGCAGGACCAGUUUGACAUGUCUUUCAAUGUGAACGUGAAAGCUGCGCUACACGUCGCACAAAUUGUGGCCAGAGGAAUGAAGGCCAGGGGAGCCGGCGGCUCCAUUGUGAACGUGUCCAGCCAGGCCGCACAGCGCGCCGUUAAAGACCAUGCAGUUUACUGCGCCACUAAAGGAGCUCUUGACAUGCUGACGAGGGUGAUGGCUCUGGAGCUGGGGCCAUACCAGAUUCGAGUGAACUCCGUGAACCCCACUGUGGUGAUGACGGACAUGGGAAAAAUAGGAUGGAGUGACCCAGAGAAGGCCAAGACCAUGACAUCACGCAUCCCGUUGGGCAAAUUUGCCGAGGUGGAAGAUGUGGUCAACUCCAUCUUGUUCCUUCUCAGUGACAAGAGUGCCAUGACCAACGGAGUAACCCUACCAAUCGAUGGAGGCUUCCUAGCUAGCUAGAUCCUCAGCUGAGCUCAUCUUCACUGUGGGAAGAUGACAAUUAUGGAAAAUCCUUAAUGAAAAUGUUUGAUGCAAAGUUCUUGUAUGGUGUAACGUAACGUGUUACAGAUAUUACCUCGAUAAUAUAUAAUGUGAAGUAUAAUGUAAAGUCAACUUUACAACUUUUCUGAUCAGGUUUUUCCUCCCAGCCAGCUGUGACACAUUUUUGCUUACUGAGUUGUAGUACCACUGCUAACCUGUAGGUGAAAGCUAACCAAAGUGGUCUUUCGAGUUUGGUAUGUUUUUCUAAUAAAUUUGAACAUUUUCCCAGUCAAAUA